CUAACGUUGCACCGCUCAAGUUCCCGCGCUUGGACGACAAUCUACUUGGUCUUUGCUUUGUCCCCUAAAUGUUUGCUGAUGGGUAGAUGUGAUCGGGUGCUUGACUCUGCGUCCAGUUUUCCUCUUUUCUGGCCUCUACACGGCAAUGGCUGCUCUGGAAGAGAUCACAGAGAUUGAUGCCAGCGUGCCCAACAACAAUAUAACAGACACAGAUGGGGCUAGUAGCUCCGAGCCGUCGUUCGACACAGAUGUAUGGCGUGCCGUUCCCAUGUGAACGCCAUUGGCUGACAUCAACUUGUAAUCAUCAGAGCGACGAGCGCGAUUCUGCAUAUAGCGACCACCAAACUUCUUAUACUAUGUCGGUGACUUCAUCCGUGUUCAAUUUUCGCUAUGAGAAUGGCAGACGGUACCAUGCCUAUGCCGAGGGAAUGUAUCCUGUGCCAAAUGACGAGGUCGAGGCGGACAGACUCGAACUGCAACACCAUGCUUUCCGCUUGACUCUCGAUGGCAAACUUCACCGCGCCCCAAUCCCACAAGAUAUUCACAACGUCCUAGACAUAGGUUGCGGAACAGGAAUCUGGUCCAUCGAGUUCGCCGACGAGCAUCCUUCUGCGAGAGUUCUUGGAACAGACCUGAGUCCGAUUCAACCCUGUUCUGUUCCGCCGAAUUGCGAAUUCCUCAUAGAUGAUUUUGAGCUGGACUGGAUCUUUCACGAAGAGUUCGACUUUAUCCAUACCCGCGCUUUAGUUGCCGCAGUCAAGGACUGGAACCGCUUCUUCUCCCAAGCAUUCACCAAUCUCAAGCCUGGUGGUUAUUUGGAGUGUCAGGAGUUAACGUUCCCUAUCAAAUGCAUGGAUCCUAGCGUCACGGACGAGAAUUCGCCUCUCAUGAAGUGGUCAGCGCUCUUCGUAGAAGCUGCGGGUAAAUUGGGCAUAGAUGGGACCGGUCCUCGUCAUCUAGGGCCCAAGCUCCGCUCUGCCGGCUUCGUCGACAUCAACGCAAAGACGUGCAAAUGGCCAGUUGGACGAUGGGCAAAAGGCGAUAAGUUCAAGCUGCUCGGCGAUCUCGCGUACGCGGAUUUGAUGGACUGGCUACCGAGCAGCUCGCUUGGGCUGUUCACCAGAGUACUCAAAUGGACGCAGCACGAAGUCGAGGUGUUCUUGGCCGAGUGCAGAGCAGAAGCGAAGCGGAAAGACCGCCACUACUACGCUGAUGUACUGUUCUGGUAUGCGCGUAAGCCCCGGAACACAACCUCUGUCUACAGUCACGAACCCGUUCACGAUGAGGAGGAGCUCGAGCUAGACGACCAAAACCAAACAACAUGAUACGCAAAAAUGCAACAUCCCAUCCCACCCUGACGCCUACAAUACGCUUCACAAUGCACAAUCCCACACCUCCCAACCCCAUGUAUUCUCCCCAACCCCCCAACUACUUCUCCAUCCCCGCCAUCCCCCCG